AUGGCUGUGUGCAGCAGGCAGCCCGGGCGGUGCCAGCCAGCGCCGCCGCCACCGCUACCGCCGCCGCAGCAACAGCAUGUGCAGCACCUCUCGCAGCAGCAGGCAGACCGCCGGCACGUCCUAGCGCUGCUGGCAACAGCAGGGGGGGCAGUGGCACUGCCAGCAGCAGCAGCAGGAGCACCACCUGUUGCACCACUGCCGCCUCUGUCGGUGCCAGCACUGACGGAGACAUUUCUCUCGCCCGAGGGCUUCGCCUUCAACUUCCCUGCUGACUGGGUCGUGGCAUUUGACAGAAGCGGGUCUUCUAAUGACGGCGCCGUCAUUGUGGUUGGCGACUUUAGAGCACUCAUCACCGUGUCCGUGUUCCGGACAACCAACAUACCAGAGGCGAUCGUGCGUGCUGGUCUCAGCGAGGAGGCCGGGUACGAGAUCUGUGUGGGCCCGCAGCAGCAGCAGGGGAGCACCCAGCGCUUUGAGUUGAUCAGCAGCGCCAUGGGCCCGCCGGCGGCGGGGGCGGAGCCAGGCUCGCCGCCGGCCUAUGAGUACGAGUACUCAAUUGAGAGCUGUGUGGGCGAGGUAGAGGAGGGCCUGGGCGGAGUUCUGAGGUGCAUCGGCCCAUUUGGCAACCUUCUUCCGACGCAGCGGCGACGCCACAUUGGUCGCUGCGUCCUCAUCGGCGCUAAUGCAUACUCGCUCAACGGCAGCAGCCCGGAGGACCGCUGGGAGCAGGUUGGGCCCAUUCUGAGGGCGGUUGUCGGCACCUUCAGAGCCUGA